UACUGUGCAGAAUCAGUGUGCGGUUUUACAUGGCGGCUAGUGGUGCCCCGGAGAAUGAAGUGGUGGAUAUUACUUCAAGACUUUUAGAUGAAGAAAUCGACUUCCCGAAAGACUUUGAGCCGGGAGCGUCUAAAGUGCCUAUAAUAAGUUCUGUAGAUUCCUCGUCAGACUUGGAAAUUUCGCCGGAUGCACAAUACGAAAGCUCGGCAACUUCGCCAAGUGGGAGACAGAGAAGUUCCAUAAGUGAAAUCGGACGUUCAACGUCUCUUGAAGCAGAUAAAGACGCUGGAGACACUAAUGUUGAAGCGAGUCAAGCCCCUUACUUCCAGUUUUCUGAAGAUGCGGAACAAGGUGACAAUGACAACCUGGAGGAAGCGUCGGAAGAUGAGGAUUGCAACAGUGAAGAAUGGCAGCGCAAAAAGAAGCACAUCUUCGUGCUUAGUGAAGCAGGAAAACCCAUAUACACCAGGCAUGGGAACGAGGAACGGCUGGUCACACUGAUGGGGGUCUUGCAGGCCCUGGUCUCGUCCGUGGCAGUGAGCGGGGACCAGAUACGCUUCGUAAAAGCAGGUGGACACCGUCUAGCAUUUCUGCUGCGGUUGCCGCUAAUAUUGGUAGCAGCUACCACUCUGCCCCUCUCCUUUCAGCAGUUGCUGAGUCAGCUGAAUUACAUACAUGCUCAGAUAAUUUCUAUACUAUCAGCGUCCCAACUGGCACGAGCAUUUGAGCACCGACACAACUUUGACCUGAGACGGCUACUUGCGGGCUCGGAGCGUUUUCUGGAUUCGCUCUGCGAUCUGAUGGAUGAAGAUCCCAGCUUUCUUCUGGGAGCUGUGCGGUGCUUGCCGCUGCCCUCUGACAUACGGGAUACAAUUACACAGACUAUUGCCCAGUGUUGCUCAAAGCUUAAGAACUUGGUGUUUGCUGUAUUGGUGGCCGAGAAUCACAUUGUGGCUCUUGUGGGCAUGAAGCAGUACCAGUUGCACCACCAUGACAUUCAUCUCAUUUUCAACAUGGUACAUGCUUCAGAAUCCUUCAAGGCAGCAGAAUCCUGGACUCCCAUAUGUCUGCCAAAGUUUGAUCCCAGCGGUUUCCUGCAUGCCCAUGUAUCCUACUUGGCAGAGAACUGUCCAGCGUGUCUGCUGUUGCUCACCAUAGACAGAGACAUGUUCUUCCCACUUCAGGAGUGCAGAAGAAAUAUCACUGAUAGACUACGGAAGCACCACUGUCUAGAGGCAAUAGGAACAUCUCUAAAAGCUGGUGGAUACAGUGUUAGCGAAGUUGGAGUGCCCACGCUCUCCCACUUCGUCUACAAGAGCAAGAGUACAGCACAGCUGACCAGUCCCCCAAUGGAAGCCCCGUACAACACUGCAGAUGAGAGGGAACGGCUGCUAGGAUUUUAUCAUUUGCUGCAUCACCGAAUGUAUCAGCCCGAGUGUCCCCUCAAGAUCCUUUACUUCGCCACUGACAGGGAGAUACUUCUUGGAUGGCACAUGGCAGGGUUUGAGCUUUAUGCCUCCUUUGAGCCUCUCGUCACAAAGGAAACAGCGGUGCACGCCAUGACAAAGCUUGUCCAGUGGAUCAAGAAAGAAGAAAAUCGCCUGUUUAUUAUGAGCUCUGUUACGCUUUAACAUUUAGGAAUAACUAUGUAAAUAAAUACUGUACAUUCUGUAUUUUAUGA